UUGGCGGGUACCUCCACCUGAAAUGGCGGGCUGUGUGGGAGGGAAGGGUUAGAGCAGGAUAAAACGUCGGCACAGCACCGUGGGCCGAAGGGCCUGUACCGUGCUGUGAUGUUCUAUGAAAGGUGCGGAGGUUCAAGGUCGGAGCUCAGGGGACAAUCAGGCUGGUUAUCAGAGGAUGUGAAGCGACCAUCCCUACCCCCGUGAAGCUCACACACCGAGGAUCAGGGGUGCAGAAGGUCCCACCACAUCCUGUCACCUCCUUCGUCACCAGCACUGAAGUGGUGCCUAAGAUACGUUCAGUUUCAUUUCCUUCAAAUCGUCCAUUUCCUCACCCGUCCAAUUAGUUUCUGAGAAAUACCCGUGUGUGGAGACAGUCUCUCGGACAUCGGCAGCGGGACCAUGUCUAACUACGGUGGGUGGCGAGAAACGGGAGCGGCGAAGGUGGGCAAUGAAUCAUUUUACCGGAAUAGACAUCUUCGCUGGAAGGAAUUGGAUCACAUGAAGUACCCAGUAGUUCCAGACCACCUCUUGUUAUGGACCAAGGACAAGGACCGACCCACCUUCCAUCCCACACGGCUCUCCCACGUCACUACCUUCUACGGUGCCAGAGGGAUCUUCUCCAGCGGCAUCUUCACCAGCGAAAAGCCGAAGGAGAUCGGAGACAAUGUGGAAGGAGAUUUCUCCUGGUGGAGUUUCGAAAUAGACCGGGGUGAGAUCAAGAGAGAGAGACAGAGGUACCGAGACAUCAUCAGGCGGAGAGGUCAAAGCCUGGGCACGUUGUCCCAUUGCUUCAACUCUCCCGCUUUCCUGCCUGGAUCCCGAUAUGGGAAUUUCAAGUUCACCUACGAUAUUGCCACUCUGAUGGAGAUGUAUCAGCGGUCGGUGUGCGAGGGGCAGCCGCCGGGCGUCCGGCUCUUGGGCACUUUCACAUACAAACUGGAGGUGAUGCACGCUGUGGUGGUCUUCCCUCCGGGGGGCUCCCUGUUCAGUGAGUGCCCCGACAUCCCCAGUGAUCCCCGGGCGGUCGUUUCGAAAUCAGUCCGGGGUUGGACGUGGAGACCCGAUUCUACCGGUCAGACAAUUGGUCCAACAACUAUUUACUUUCCGACUUUCCGCCGAUGGGAUCACGUCGGUAUCGCCUUCCACCUGCCCCGGGGAUCCCCGCCGUUCCCGGUACCCCCUGGAGAUCCUGCCCUCACCUACUGUAGGAUCGGGGAUAGGAACAUCAGCGGGUCCGAGCCCAUCACCAAGGAAGAAUUUGAUCGGCUCUCGGAGCAAUUGCGGUGCUUCUGGGAGGCAAAAGUCCGAGCUGGGAACGGAGAAAGUGGAGCCGGGUUGUCUCAAGGUCCGUCCUGCGAGCCGGCUCUGCCACCGCCCGCCUCACAGACCCCACCCACUUCAACCCGCAAAUCUUCAGCCACGUCACCCUGUUGGAACCAGUCCCGGGGGCGGUUCAUCCACUCCCACUGACUGCCCCGAACGGGAAACGGCGGCCGGUGCACCCGGGACAUUCACUGGGGGGGGGGGGGGGGGGUGUGACUGGGAACAUCUCCCUCCGGUGAUCCCCACCCCCUCUGCCUUCCAUGUGUUGCCUCUACCGACACCCUGGUUCAUUGACAGUGUGGAGCUGGGAUGGUUGGGCGGAGGUUACACAGCCCACUGAUGUUCCGUGCGGUCCUCUUGAAGGGUUUCGACCCGAAUCGUCGCCGAUUCCUUUCCUCCCACAGAUGCUGUUGGAGCCGCUGAGUUCCUCCAGCAGACUGUGUGCUGCCCCUGCUGUUGGAUGUUUAGAUGGGAAUUGUACCUUUAGAAUUUACCACCCCAGGUCCCCGUCACCCACACGCUCCUCCCACUGGAUCUUCCCCUCCCCCCCACUGUUCCCAGCUGCCCUCCCCUUUCAUUCCAAGCUCCACCUUCCUCUCCUGUCAGAUUCCAUCUAUCACCUCCCCAGGCUCCAUCACUACUCCCCCUCUCCCUUCCUCAGUCUGUCUAUCCCCCCAUCUCACCUGGAUCCACCCACCACCUCCCAGCUCUUGCUCCACUGGCGAGCUCCCCGCUAUCUUUCAGUCCUGAUGUAGGGUCUCAGGCCCAAAUGUCGACUGUCCAUUUCCCGCCACAGAUGCUGCCUGACCCGCUGAGUUCCUCCAGCAUUUUGUGGGUCUGCUUAUCAUCGAUCCUGGGAACUUGGAGAUCGUAGGCGAACGGUAAAUGAUCCCGCUCAACCUUCCUGAAGUUCCCAACAAGCUUCACUGAGCACAGUUCUUUGCUCCAAAAUCCUCAGCAUUCUUCUUUCCCAUCGUGUCACCUGGGUGACUGGGUUAGACCCGGUGUUUUAAGGCCCUGCACCAAGGCGCCCACUCUUUCGUGCUGCCUUGACUGGAAACAUGUCCUCUUCUCAACUUCCUCCUCUGUGAAGUUCCCUACCAGCUUUCCAGAACCACUCUAAGCCUGGUCCUGAGUCACCGACAGAGAGGAGGGAGGUGUUGUUCUGUACAUCAAACUGAAAAUUGCUGUAGUGCUUCACCAGCUUCCCUUUAAUUUUUAGUCGUGGAACAGUACAGCACAGAAACAGGCCCUUCAGCCCACCACACCCAUUGUAACCAUCUAUACUGAUCCCAUUUCCCUGCAUUAGGUCCGUAGCCUUUACAAUCCUUACCGUCCUGACAGAGCACUAUGCUUCUCCAUUUGAGCUACGAUUGUACAGAGGAAACAGGCUUUGUUUUAUAUCACUGCGCAAAAAUCUUUUAUCAUAGAGUCAGAGUUGUACAGCAUAGAUACAGGUCCUUUUGCCCAUCACAUACAUCAUUUGUGCUGUAUGGUUCUAUGGUACAUCUAUGCUGACCCUUUUGCCGAGCUGGUUUAGUGGGAUUAGGGUAGGAAGGCAAAAAGGUCGGUAUGGACACGACUCCUUGGUAUUGGUAGUUCUUCUGGAAGACCGUGUGGCCAAAAUGAUUCCCAAUUUGUCUAUCACUCUCUCCAGAGCAUGUGGCAUCACCUCCAGCUAAUUAGAAUGACUCUUGAUUAGGUUAAAAUAUUGGCUGGUCCAAUCUGUCAACAGUCUACAUGAAAUCUCUGGCAUGGUCUUGCAGGACACUUCCACGUCUGAAUGGGAGUUCUAGGUGGUUGGGUCCUACAGUCUUGACCACUGUUGAUGUCAAGACUUCAACACCAAAAUUCCAAGCAAACUCAUCUCCAAACUCCUAGACCUGGGUCUCUGCACAGCCCUCUGCAUCUGGAUCUUGACUUCCUGAGCAACAGAAUGCAAUCGGUACGGAUAGGCAACAAUACCUCCUCCAUGAUUAUCCUCAGUACCCCGCAAGGCUGCUUCCUCAGCCCCUUUCUCCAUAUGCACUCAUGACUGUGUAGAUGACACCACCGUAGUGGGCCGGAUCUCAAACGAUGGGACGGAGUACAGGAAGGAGACGGAGAGCCUAGUGGUGUGGUGUUGAGACAAUAACCUCUCCCUCAAUGUCAGCAAAAUGAAGGAGCUGGUCAUUGACUUCAGGAAGCAGGGUGGAGUACACACCCCUGUUGUAUCAAUUGAGGUGGAAGUGGUUGAGAGCUUCAAGUUCCUAGCUUCAAGCUUCACCAACAAUUUGUCCUGCUCCAGCCACAUGGACGCCACAGCCAAGAAAGCACACCAACGUCUCCACUUCCCCAGAAGGCUAAGGAAAUUGGCAUGUCCCCGAUAACUCUUACCAAUUUUUACAGAUACACCACAGAAAGCAUCCUAUCCAGAUGCACUAAAAUGAUGUGCUAUAAGAUGGACUCUUGAUCUCCCAAUCUACUUUGGUGUGGCCCUUGCACUUUAUUUGUCCACCUGCACUGCACUUUCUCUGUAACUGUAGCAUUAUAUUCUGCACUGUUUUUCUUUUUACUACCUCAAUGUAAUUGUACAGAAAUGAUCUGUCCGGAUGGCAAAUAAACUGUAUUUGGG